AUGACUCCUUCAUUCCCCUGGGCGCUGGCGCUGCUUACACGUCUCGUGUGGGCUGCAGCUAUCGAUCAAUCUGCUCCUGUUCCACCAAGCAAGGACCCAUGGUACACGGCUCCUACAGGCUUCGAAUCUGCACACCCAGGCCAGAUCCUUCGAGUCCGCAAUGCUAUUGGCAAUCUGACAGACCUCUACUCCAAUUCUUCCGCGGCGUACAACAUCCUUUUUCGGACAACCAACAGCCAUUAUCAACCUGCUUGGGCGGUGACUACGGUCUUCGUUCCGAAAACUUUCAACAGCAGUCAGUUUCUUUCCUACCAGACUCCUUACGACACUGCGGACCUCGAUGCAAGCCCAAGCUAUGCGCUGUAUGGCUCGGACUAUACAUCUGUCAGUCCCGGCUCCAUUGGCUUCGAGAUUCAGACCAGUCUCUCGAAAGGCUGGUAUGUGGGCGUCCCGGACUAUGAAGGACCUCUAGCAUCAUUUGCCCUUGGUGUCACGGAAGGCCACGCCACAUUGGAUUCCAUUCGCGCUUCACUCACUUUGUUGGAAGGCUGGGGUCUGAGCAGGAACCCGAAAGUUGCUCUAUGGGGUUACAGCAACGGCGCGCAGACCAGUGAGUUCGCUCUCGAACUCCAGGUCCAAUAUGCACCUGAGCUCAAGAUAGCUGGCGCUGCUCUUGGUGGACUCCCCAACAAUCUCUACACCGUUGCCAAGUACACCGCAUCGGGCACACUAUAUGCUGCCCUGCUCCCUGGAGGUUUACUCGGGAUCACAACACAAAAUCCGGAAGCACGCCUGUACCUACUGUCCCAAUUGAGUCCCUCCGGCCAAUACAACGCAUCUACCUUCCUGAAAGCGUUGAACCUGAGCCAAUACGAAGCCAUACCUUUCUACGCCUUCCAGGACAUCUUCAAAUACUUCAAAGACGGCAGCGCGAUAUUGCAGGACCCACGAUUGCAAACGAUUUUCUACGCGGAAACGAUUGCCGGUUACCAUGGGACUCCGCAAGUUCCGAUGUACAUCUACAAAGCAGUCCACGACGAUGUUGGCCCUAUCAAUGAGACAGAUGAGCUCGUGGCCCGAUACUGCAACGUCGGCGUUAACAUCCAGUAUGAGAAGAACACGCUUGGGAAACAUCUGGAUGAGACAGCUGGUGGAGAGGAAGGUGCCUUCAGCUUCUUGAGCUCUGUGCUUGGGGGCUCUUACAACCAUACGGGUUGUACGACGAGAUAUGUCAGCAUCAACGCCACUGUUGCGAUAUAG